AUGUCUAACCAUCAGGUUAUCCAUAUCUGCAGUCCUGCUCUAGAUAUCGAAGAGACUUUCAGUUGGUCUGACUGCAAGCCCGGAGAGUUCAAGGAGGAGAAUUUUGAAGUCUUUGAAGCGAUAAAAUGGAUGGUUCAAGAUAUUCAAGAGCUGUGUCAUGAUGCCGAUCUAAACUCUUUCAUAGAAAACUUUGACAGGACAUAUGGCUGUACACUUGAUCUUAGUAAUCUAUUUAACAAAAGGUGGCAAUCUCAGGGAUUAACUCCGGCAUAUCUUACUAGACGUGCGUCUCAUGGCUUCCUGAAGUUCAUUAUUCAGCAAUGCUACAAUAGAGCUGUUAGCGAUCCAGACAAGCUCAAUCAAUAUCCACCUUUCUCUCCUCAGGUUUAUGGUGAAACAUCCUUUGAAUUGGUUUCCCAGAUGAUUGAACACGAGUUGGUCAGGUUGUAUUGCAAGUUGCUGCUUCGAGCCUAUCUAAAUAUUGCUUUGGAAUUGAGAAAGCGGAAUAUCCUGCGCAUUGCGCAACUUUAUUGGAUCGCGAAUUCCGCCUUGGAAAAAGGAGAUUUUUUGACAGAGGAUUACAGAGAGAAAAUUGUAUCAUCAGGUGUGAUUUUCGCAAACAAUUUCGCCUUCGGGCCCGAAGUAGACCAUCAGCUCAAGCUACGCUUUGCCAAUCUACGUGAAGGAGCCAAAAUUAUCUCCUCAAAAGCGUUUUGUCCUCUAAAUUUUAGGAUAACUGAUAGGAAUCUUGGAGAUAUAGGAUCUAUUAUGCAUGUAUCUUGCCUUAAUCCGAUACAGGAUGCUGUAUCCUGGACGGAUAAGCCUUUUGUAUAUUAUGUACAUACUAUUGAUCGCUCAUUGGUAGGCACUUUUCUAUUUUUUCUCAGCCUUUACUUUAUCUUGUGGUAA